AUGUCGUUCGAUUCGUCCUGUCCCUUUUGCAAUAUCGCCCUCACAAAUCCAACCCUUGCUUUCAACGGGUCUGGACCGAGUUCAAAUUCUCCUGGUCAAGAUCCCGACUCAACAGCUCAUCUCAUUCUCUCCACGGAGCAUGUUCUCGCCUUUUUGGAUAUAAUGCCCCUCACACGAGGCCAUGUCCUUGUUGCACCGAGACGGCAUUACGAAAUGCUCGGGGAUAUGGAUGUGCAAACUAGCCAGGAGGUCGGCAAAUGGCUUCCUAUUCUUUCAAGGGUCGUAACAAAGACUAUAUUUGGCGACGAAGAGAGACAUUGGAAUGUGGUGCAGAAUAAUGGAGCUAGAGCUGCGCAACAAGUCCCCCAUGUCCACUUCCACAUUAUUCCUCGCCCAUCUACAGAGUCUUCUCGGUCACCAAGCUUCGCCAUGUUCGGUCGCGGUCAACGUGAUGAGCUCGAAGAUGAAGAGGGUGAAAGAUUAGCCCAUUCUAUGAGAGUCGAAUUGGCGGAAGAAGUCAAGCGAAUUGAACGGGAUGAAGGUGUUGUCCUCGACCUGACUGCUUCGGACUUGAAACGUCGAGGAAGGUUGUAA